GCCCGAGCCACACGAGGCGCAGGCAGACGUCCCGCAGCAAAUUGACAAGCGUGAUCACAAAAAUUUAACGCGCACACCAAAUCCAACCGAAAUUGACAAUAAUACAUGCACUAAAUGAUUGAUUCGGGUGUUAAUAUUCAGUGAAAUGAAAUUAUAACCAAUAGUGCCGAGUAGUUUUAUCAUUGUGUGAAUUUUGAAGGUGGAUGACGGUAUAAAUAACCGUAUUUCGGUGAGGCUGUGCAGGCAUACAUGGAGUUCCAGUUAGACAGCGCAGAAUACUGCCAGGCACAAUACACAUAAAUCUGCCAACCCAAAUUUUAAAUCACACACUAAACCAAUUUAAACAAAAAGAGGAGCUAAAAAUUUAUUAAUAUUAACCUAUAAAGAAGAAAUCAACUAAAAACAAGAAGGAAUCCAAAAUAAUCGAUAUAAACUAAUACACAUAUAAAGCUAUAUAUCUAUCUACAAAUUAAUUUAAAUUAAUUUCAACGAGGAAUCAAGAGGAACGAAGCGAGCACACACGCAAUCUGCAAUCCUGCAACGCAUCAUUAUCAAUCGAGUCAGGCCGCAGGCGACGACGAGGGAGGUGGCUGCAAAAUCAAAAUAAUUCGCUCGACGCUUUAAAUAAUUUUAGAUCGUUUUUUUCUUUCGCGCAACGUUACAGUAAAAGAUGCAAUUGAGAAUCACGUAUCCAUAAAAUAAUUGCAAGAAAUUACUAAAGAUAUACAAAAAACAUAACAACCACCACCGAAAAAGACUGAUUAUUAAGAAUAUUUUUUUAAUUAUACAAUUAUAUCUACUAAUCUAUACAACGGCGCAACCGGAGAGCUGCAGAGGAGUCGAUUUUUGAAUUUUACGCAUUUUAAUCGAAGUCGCGCCCCAGAUUCUGAAAUUUUAAACCCUACAACAACAAAACCCACACAACACGGGCAGUGCAAAUAUAAUUUUGUAAAAGAGGCGAUUUCCGAGUUAUAUUAAAACAUAAUCUCCUGUUGCCAUUCUAAAACAAAAGCAAACAAAGUGAUUGUUGCACGGCGUGUAAACAAAGUCAGCUUCACGUGCGCGAAGAUAUUGAAUAUCGUCGGCGACGAGACAAUUAAACGAUUAACACGAUCGACGAGAGACGCACUUGGUGGACGCGCGUGGCAUGAGCAUUAGCGGAAUGCGGCCGAAGGAUAUUCGACCGGCGCCAGCCGAAAUCAAAUGCAAGGGCUUCAGGUUUCUCAUCACGGAUCGGCCCUCAGACCAAACCAUUUCUUCCUAUAUUCAGGAGUUGAAGAAACACAAUGUGGCGUCAGUGGUGCGCGUCUGCGAGCCGUCCUAUAAGAUUGAAGAGCUAAAGGAGGCCGGUAUCGCCGUGUACGAUCUGGAGUACAAUGACGGCACCUUUCCGCCGAACGACAUCACCGAGGAGUGGUUCCAGGUGUUGAAGAAGCAGUUCCAUGACAAUCCGGAGGCGUGCGUUGCGGUGCACUGUGUUGCCGGCUUGGGACGUGCACCUGUCAUGGUUGCGCUUGCUCUGAUUGAACUUGGACUCAAGUAUGAGGAGGCUGUUGAAUUAAUCAGAGAAAAACGUCGUGGAGCAAUCAACUCGAAGCAACUCGGUUAUCUGCAAAAGUACCGUCCGAAGUCACGCCUCAAGCUGAAGAACGGCCACAAGAACUCCUGCUGUAUCCAGUGAACGUGCACGACGUACCCGGGCCCCCCGUAUACAUAAUAUAUAUCUCUAUCAAAUAUGAACAGUUUGGUCUCCAGGAUCUGAAGCUCGUCUUUUCUUACUCUCGCGCGCCCAAGGUGUGUGUGUAGGCGUGUGGAAAUUUCGCGCGCGCACGAAACUUGCACGCGUCUGUAUAUCACAGCGUGCGAUAUAUUGACGAACAACUCUGACGCAACAAAUACAUAUUAUCAGUCUCGACGCAAUCACACACAUUAACGGGCGUUGUUGCACACGCGCGCGCGCGCAACACUCGCAGUCAUGUAAAAUCAUAAAGCUACGAUACAUACGGAUGCAGGACAUGAAUUAUAUUUUAGUUUUUAUUUUUCUAUGUACACAACACACACACGAUUCGUAAGUUAUUCGGUUCGUAGCGUUUGCAAUGCGAAAUCUUCUCGUUUUGGGGCUUUAAACGUGCGAUUGUGUGGAAUAUUCAAAGUCAGCUAUAUUUUCUAUGAAUGAAUCGAUUGAUUAGAUAAACGCACUAUAGAAUUAUGUUUGAUUUAGUUUAUGUAGCGUCGCGAUGACCGGUUUUAUUUACACUGUAUAUAGAUUUAAUAAUUCGAAAUAGUUUCUCAUCAUAUAUUCUUGACGGGGCAGAUUUUAGUAUGUUGACAAGGACGAGUCUAAUGAAAUCAAUGGAAAUUUAUCUAAAUAAACCUAAAACUGUGUAAAAAGCGCAAGAAAUGAAUCUAAACAAAAACAUACAUUAGUUGUACUACUUUAUGAUUGUAAUAUGUACACACAUAUACUGUAUAUGAGCAUGAACUAACAAAUAUUUUUUGUGUAUUAGAAUCCAUGAUGCUGAUGAUGAUGCAGUUGAUAAAUGUACGUGUGUCAUAAGUAUAAUGCGGCGGGCUUUUCGCUGUUUGGCCGUAAACGCGACGCGAAUGUUGAGAAGAAGGUAUUCAGUGUACUAAAUACUAAAACAAUUGUGUGAAUUCAACAAUUCCGCUUGGUCCUCGGUUGAAAUUCAUGAUUCGGUUACGCAUACACACUUCGAACGAAUGCUGUAUUUGUAAUAUUUAUUGUAAUCAUCUGGAUCGGUCGAAACGGAACGCAACCAUGGCUAAAAAAUGACUAAUACUUAUUAUUACUGAUUAAUCUCUGUUUGUGCUAGUUUAUAUUGUUAUGUUGUAAACUGUAUAGUUACGCAUAUCGCUUAUGUUAGUUGAUUGAAUUCUCGUCGUCCGCGGACGCCCUUCCGAUCCCUCUCUUUUUUUAAACAAUUGAAUAAACGCAACUAUUUAUAAGAAA